GGGAUGGGGCAUCCACAACCUCCCUGGGCAGCCUGUGUUGCUUGUGUGUUGGUUUUUGUUGUUUUUGUUUAUAAACGUACCAUUCUAGCAUGUGUUCACACAGCGAGAUGCGAGGAAGGGAAACACAGCGGCAGAGUGUAGAUGCCUCUGCUGUAUUUUGAGGUUAUGAAUCUUAUGUAUGUUUAUGGAUUGUUCAACUUAGUUACAUAAUACUGUUUCAUUUCAGCAACAACAAAUAGUUCCAGUUUCCAGACCAGAGGUGAGGGCCUUCUUAACCUUCAGUUUGAUUUUGGCCUGACAGGACUGUGUCAAUAAACUCAGUGUUACGUUGCUGGCUCUCCUGUGCACACCUUGAAAGCUUUCUGUUAUCUCAUGGUGAAAAACCCUUCUCUUUCUCUAGACAGCACUUUGCAUUUGUACCCAAAUGGUACACAUUUUGCAUUUGCAUUCUGAGUAAUGUGUGCACAGCUGCUAGUCACAUCAGAGCCUGUUUGCAUCAUUUGUCACUUCUCAGGGAUUUCUCUGUCACAUAGCCAGGCUUUUGUCGUCUCUUCUCUAAUCUGCUUAUCCCUUUUCUGAGUGAACCACUUUUAUUCCCAAUUGGUACACUUAGAAUUUAUUUGCUGUAGAAUCUUCUGCUAACGACACAAAAAUGUUGAGGUCUUACGGUUCUGAUUUCGGUAAAAUCUGAAAUGUUUGUCUGGAAUUAUUUCUGAAUGUGUGUUUUCUUGUUUUAGAUCUCAAACUAGAAAUUAAACAUGCUUUAUGUUUUGUUCUUGUAAAUUAAUCUUUUCAAAUUGCUGAUAAGUUGUUUUUGUUCUUUCUUUGUAGCAAUUUAGAAUGUGUACAAAUCCUUGCCUGUUAUCAUUCAUGACUGUUAAAUAGUUUAAGCAUGUGGCAGUUCAUUUUUUCUUAAUUAAAAGUUAUAUCCUGGACACCAUCCAGAAAUAUCAAAGUAUUAGAACCAGAAUUUUACCAAACUCAGCUUUAUUUAGGUAAUAUUUCUUUUUAUUUAAUAUAUCAGAAAGGUAAUGGUUCUGUUGCGGAAUAGGUCCAAAUCUGCUCAUCUAUAUGCUGCUAAGAUAAUUCAUUAGCACCACCUGUAUUAAUGAAAAAGGAAACAUCUUCAGUGAGGCAGUGUGCUUUCAGAAGGCAAAGAGUUAGAAAUAGUGAGGUGUGCUAUACAAUUAGAGAGUAAUAACCAAGAGUUUUAAAAUAGGUAGGCUUCACCGUUGCUCUCGGGGGCUUAUAUCAUAUAUGCUAUAGGACAAAAACGAAAGAACGCUAUGCAAAAUAGCAUUUUAUGCCAUGGGUUCCCAGUGUAGUAAUGCAGUGCUUGACCUGUAAUUUAAAAUCCAAACCCAAGGUUUGGUUCUUGUGGAAGAGUGAAUGGGCGAUCAGGGCAGUGAUGCAGAGCACCUGGGUGAGCAGUAGUGGGACUGACCUGCAGGGUGACCUGGCAGCUGUGCGUUUUAACUUGUGACCUGGCCUACAGCUAAGAGGAAAGCUCAGCUGCCUGUCUUCCACGGUCAUGUAGAAUUGCAUUUAAAAAAUAGCAUGGAGGAAAAAUUGAUUUAAAAACCUGAAUCUGGUAUUUAGGUAACCUAAAAGACAGCUAAUUAUUAAUACAUCCAAGAGUUUGAUGUAUCUGGUUUGCGAGUACUUGGGGAAAUCUGACCCAUUGUCCAAUAGCUAACCAACUACUUGGAUGUCUACUUAAGUACUUGCUUAAAUUCAAGAAGUUCUACCAAUUUCAGUAAAAAUAAGUGAGUUUUGACUUCAAACAAAGGUUUGGUGCCUUGGUAGUGGUAAGUCAGAAAAACUGUCUAUGCUGUGUGUUAGACUCCUACAUAACUCAGGAUCAGGCCUUGGGCAACCUGUGGAUGUUCCUGUUCAUUGCUGAGGGGGUCAGACUAGACGACAUUCAAAGGUCCCUUCCAACUCGAAGGAUUGUGUGAUUCUGUAACUCUUUGUGCUUACACACAUGUACACGCAUUUUCUGAAGUAGCAGGCACCAGGAAUUCAGCUUAAUUCAGCUUUUUAUUUAUCAAUUCAGAAUAACUGUCUCAUUAACAGUAGAACUUCUAAAAGCAGUCUUAGUUCUUUCUGUGUAUCAGUAGCUCUUCUGGAGAACUUAGCUGGUGAAUGACUUUUAGAAAGUUUUUAACGUAAACACUGAAGAUGAAUUUGAGUUUAAUAGAUAGAUCAAGAAAUUAAAUUGCUAUAAAGGCAGAAAAGAACUAACAAUGUAGUUAGGAUUUGAAAAGCAAAGUACCAAAAGGUUGAUUUACUGCUAGAGAGAAGUAAGUAUGGUGCUGCUUCCUUGAAAGCCCAAAUAUCUUUUCAUGGCAAACAUAUAAUAAUGAAGGUUAAAGGAGAAGUUUAAACAUCAGGUAAAAGGUCUCUGAAAAAAAGUACUUAUAUAAUUCCAGCAGAUACAGAGAUACAGUGCUGUGUUGUAAGUCUGAUUUUUUUUAGAUGGCAGAAAGUUGGGGGUGGGUUGUUUUUUCUGUUUUUGGUUUUUAAUACUGGUCAUGGCAAGAAGCGCAUCUAUAUCACAGCCCUAAGUCUUAGUAUAUAUUUCAAUCGUUCUCUGUUCUCAAGAUGAGUUAUUAUUUUCUUAUUUUAUUUUCAGAAGGGUAGGAAGCUUCGUACAAUCUUAAAUAGAAAUAUGCAGCUUGCAAAACUUGGACAACUUUGUAAGUAAGCUAGUUAUGUACAACAUAACAGUGCAUAGGGGAUGCAGACUGUAAACUGUUACGUGCUUUGUCCUCAAAUGGGGAGUUUUUAAUGUUCUGAUGUGUAUGUUUUAUAGAGUUGUGCACUGUGUCCAAGAUUAGCUUCCUCUAGCAUCAGGCACAGGAUCAGCCAUAGCUGUGGUAGAGCACUGAGCUUUGAAUCUGACAUUAACUGAAGCAUUUUACAGUGCAGGGGCCGUGGAGCAGGGCUUUAACGUGCAGAAGUGAUGGCUUAUUCCUUGGCCUGUUUCUUAGAGCAGCAUCUCAAAUUGUGACAUUUGUUUGAACACUUAGUUCAAAAGGUUGUUUUCUAUCAUACAGCAGGAUUGCUCCAGCAGGAUUACUUAUUUGUGAUUGCAGUUAGUCAGAAGAGGCUCCAAGAUGUCAGCUUUUAAUAUGUACCUACUUAUAUCUACUUUUUUUUUUUCUUUGCAUAGAAGUAGUUAAAAAAGGUUUCAGCAAAUUCAUUUGCCUAGACAUGUUGUUUCUGAAGUAACAAUGUAAACAAUCUUAGCUUCUUUUUGAAAUACCUUAGUAUUCAGACUAAGAUGUAUAUGUCGAACUCCAGCCUUAAGCGCAGACCAACAGGCAAAACUGUAAGAGCUAUAGGAAAACAGCUAUAUUUUUGUAAUGGAAAUAUCAACUCAACCUUAACAGUUUAUGACAGAUAUAUUAAUAGAUUUAUAAUUCAUACGAGUUUAUGGGAGCUCAUCAACAGCUACUUUAAAUUCAGAGUGUAACAAAAUUGUUUUCUUCUAACAGAUGAGCGGUAUGUUCAGAAUGUACACUUCCUUAAUGGGUGAUUUUGGAGCCAAGCUCAUUAAAUAGAAAUAUACAGUGUAUACCUUUGAGAUUUAUUUUGUUUGCUCUUUUUCUCCUAGGAACCCUGAGGAAUAGGAAAAUACUACAAAGUGAAGACGAAACACAUCUAUCGAGGGCUGAUCUCUGCUUUCAUUGUUUUUUAAACUCUGUGUUAAUAACUGCUUAGUGUCAAAUAGUCUCUGUAAUCUGCUGUGCUAAAAUUAUUAGCUUAAAGCUGGAAAAAAUGAAACAAUUGAAAAGAAAAAGAAAAAGUAAUUUUAGUGUUCAGGAAACGCAAACUCUCCUUAAGGAAAUCAGAAAAAGGAGAGAAGUACUCUUUUCAAAACAACUUAAUACAACAAUUAAUGAGAUGAAACGGAAAGCGUGGGAGGAAAUAGCAGAGUGUGUGAAUGCUGUAGGUGAAGGUGAGCAAAGAACAGGUACAGAAGUGAAAAGGAGAUACCUUGACUGGAGAGCGCUCAUGAAGAGGAAGCGUCUGAAUGCAAACAUCAAGGCAGUUGGUGCAGGGUUUCACCUUCCUUCAUCCGACUUAGAUGACUCUCUCAAUGAAGAUAUGGAUGACAAAAUAGGGUUUUCAAAUGAAUCUAGUUUUGAAUGGCAGAACAUUACUGACUUCAGAGAAGCAGGUGGGUCUUUAACAGAAAUCAAAGUAGAAGAAGAAGAGGAGGAUCCACAGAAUUUUGAAUUUCCUAUUGAGGAAGAAGAGAUUUUUUCAUCAGUGUUGCCAGAUUCAAAAAAAGAAAAUGACUUACCAGAUUUCACCCACAUUGAGGAGUUUGGGAAUCUAAGCUCUGCUCAAGCUAGAUUAGCCUAUGAAGAUUCACACUUGCUUAUAAAUCUAGAGAAGCAGAAGGUGGAGCUGGAGAAGCAGCGAUUAGAUAUUGAAGCUGAACGGUUGCAAGUGGAGAAGGAGCGCCUCCAAAUUGAAAAAGAACGGCUGCGGCACAUUGACUUGGAGCAUGAGAGACUUCAGCUGGAGAAGGAGCGACUUCAAAUCGAGCGGGAGAAACUGAGGCUAGAGACUCUGCGUGCUGAGAAACCUGCCCUGGAAAAUGACCUCAUCCAAUCGGAAAAACCCAUCAUACAGCCUCUGGAUCUAGAAACUGAGAAGUUAAAACUUGAAAAAGAACGUUUGCAGUUAGAGAAAGAAAGGUUGCAGUUCUUAAAAUUUGAGUCAGAAAAGCUGCAGAUUGAGAAGGAGCGCUUGCAAGUGGAGAAAGAACGCCUCAGAAUUCAGAGAGAGGGUCUCUUGCAGUGAACUUGUCAACUGGAGUGUUAAUGCUAGUGUUCUGUGUUGUGUAGAAUAUAGGUAGUUCUUUUUCUGAUACUGAAACUGUUGUAAAGGUCUAAUGUUCUGUUCAGAGUUGAAUGUUGAUGUUGAACUGUAAUAAUAGAGAAAAAAAAAUGGUGCUCAAUAAGUCAGUGUGCCUGUGUAAAUAUGCUUAUAUAAUAAAUUGCUUUUCAGUGUAUCAGAA